AUGGCAAACAGACGGCGGCAAGCGGCGUCGGUAACGGGAACUGAAAAGCCGAUCAUAACGAGCCCGGCGAGGCGGAGCAAUAGACGAAGAGCUGCUGUUGAGAGUGCCCAAUGUGGCGAGAGUCCCUGUAGCGAAAACAGAGCAGAGGAAAGAUCUUUGUAUAAAACGCCAAAGAGAACUCAGGUGAGCAGAUCACGGUUGCCUACUUUCAAUUCUCCUACAAAUGAAAUUGACAUGCAACAAGAGAUCUUUUGGGAUCCUCAGUCACCUACAACAUAUAAACUAGGCAACAGUCAAAAGAAACUGACAGUUGGUGGACAUACAGUUGAGAUAUCAGAAAUUGUUAAUCGAAUUGCUCCUCAGGAUGAAAAACCUGCCUGUUAUGAAGGAUCUCUUCUUGGGCUAUGGAUUGGUGAAGACGCAAUUCCUUGUACUCCUGGAAUAACAAAAGUACGAUCUAGAACAAAAAUAAAUAUGGCAAGAGUUCAUCAAUUAAAACACGGAGAAGAGGAACUUAUGAAGUUAGCAAAGCAGUUUGAUAAAAAUCUGAUUGAUGCAGUCCAAGAACAAAACUUUUUGCAGCCAAAUUCUAUUCAUGUUUCGUCAGCAGCAAAACUAUCAACUGAGCAUCAUAUCAAGGUCCAGAGAGAAGAUCAGUGGCAAUUGAUGAAUGAACAUCCUACAAUUAAUUCUACUUUGUCCCAUGGAAUACUUAAGGAGAAUGCUGAGAUAGUUAAGAGUCCUAAGAGCAGUAGUCAGAAAUCCAUAGAUCUAGAUGCUGAAGGGGCACUAAAUGACCUUUUUGAUUGUUCUACCCAAAAGUGUAGUGGCCAGUUGAGCCAAGGUGUGUUAAACUGUUCCUUGAACACUGUUGUGCAGGAUAAGGGUACUAUGAUGGAGGCAGAGCAGCCUUUGGUUAGUGAUAAACCUCAAGGGCAAAGUGCCAUGCAUCUUAAACAGUAUUCAGAAUUCCUUCUAACUGAGAAAUCUAAAACAACCUCUGUACAAACAUUUUCAAGUGUAGAGCUUUCUAAUAAUAAUCCUGACAAUACUUUCAGUGAUGACAGCUAUGACUGGGAUGCUGAUUUGCUACCUGAUGAUUCACUUCUCAUGCAAAUUACUCAGGAGCCUGAAUUGAUGAAGAGCGCAGAAGAUGCUUGUAUUUCUGAGGAAAAGGGAGAAUCAAAAAAAUGGACUGUAAAUUCCAAGAAGCCAUCUAUCGCCCAGGCUGGAGUUUUUCAUUCUUCCAGUACCGUACCAGUGUCGUGUGUUUCCAUGUCAAACCAAAUCAUUCAGUCAGAAAAAGCCAAAAUUAUUCCUUUUCACGAAGAUUGUUCACUAAAAACCAACAAGGUGGAUUCGUUUUCUAAAACUAGGCAAAACAACACUCUGGACUAUAAUUUUACUUCAGUGAAAUCUGAAAAUAGGAAUGUCCCUCAUGGCCCUUCCCACCUGAAAAAUGCUACAAAUACCAGUUCUGAAAAAAGAACUUCUGUUUCAUAUUCUGAACUUGCUAAACUAUCAACUGGGAAAUUCAAAAACCAUGUGCAUGGCACAAGCUACAAGGCCUCAACUCAGUGUCAUUCAAGCAAACUUUAUUGUUCCACACAAGCUUCUCAGCAGCGGAAGCCCCAAAUUGAUUCUUGA